CUGCAAAUUUUCUCAUCGAUUAAACAUUUGAUCUAAAUUAAAUGUUAUGUUCCCAGAACUAGAAUAUGUUACAAACAUAGUGGACUAAGUUUUGUAGACUUUACCCUUUGCCAAAGUUGUAAAAAAUUGUGUCGUUCAGAACGAUUGUUAAAGCGAAUUGGGUAAUUGCACACGCGCACUUCAGAGUAGGCGUUCCCUAACGGAAAUAGGCACGUGUGCUAGCGCGUGCUUGGCUCUGCCCACUAUGAUUCGUUUGUUCUUUUUUGAAAGGACAAGAUGUGGUCUAUCUUGGUUUAGUUAUAAACAUAUUUGGUUAGGCUAGCGAACAAGCAUUUUAGCCAGGAAGCCUAGGACAACAAAAAUGUAAAGCGUGUACUGUAUGACAAAAUGAUAAACGCUAAUGACAAAACGUUUUUUUUUUUCUACAAGUACGUUGCAAGUUCCUGUUUUACAGAAAAUGCGCUCCUUCACAUUCAGGUUGGUGGAUGGUGGUCUCAUGUUCCUGCUCCUCAGUUUGACUAGGAUUUCUGCCCAGAGAGAAAUGUCCUUAAACCCCACUACAAUAAGUCAUUACACAGAGUCCCCAUGUCAACUAUUUGACAAGUAUGAAACUACUGUGACAGAGGGGGAGGCCCUUAGUUUGCCAGCCUACUAUGACCUGAGUGAGUUGGUUUGGGCCAGCGUGACUGAGUUUACCUGGUACAGAAACAGAACCCAAGAGCUCUCGUCCUCUGAGGAAGAGCGUGUGCAUCAUCAUGGACCGGUGCUCUUCUUCCUCCCCCUUUUAAUCAACGACUCUGAUCAGUACUACACCUACUGGAGAAAGGGAGCAGACACCUGCCUCAUUUUUGUGACAGAGGUGAUUGUGGUCAAAGCCCAACCGUUCGAUCAUUCAGUCUUGUUUAACGAUAUCUCAGAGUCAGCAGAAAACAUCGCUAUCCCAUGUCCUGACCCUGUGGAAAAACUAUGCCAAGAUGGAAAAGAUAACUUAGCCUGGUAUAAGAAUUUCAGUCUCAUUCCAAACGAGUCUGAGAGAAAUCUGUGGGUGUAUGGCGCCUCCAAAGCAGACGAGGGCAUCUAUACGUGUGUGUGCACGUGGGAGCACAAUGGGACGGUUCUCAACACUUCUGCAUCCAGGAGACUAAAGAUCCAAGCUCCCUCUGCCUCGCAUCCUCCUCAGAUCAACCUGCCUAUAAACGGAAGCACAGAGACCACUGACCUGUACACCACUAAGAAGUUGAGGUGUGAAGCGUUUUGUGGGCAGAACAUUGAAGACAACUGUCACGUGUGGUGGGAGAUAAAUGGAGUGAAAGUGCGCUCGCAGCAGCAAGGCUACUCGGUGAACACCACCAGUGAGGUGGAGGUAUCUUCAAUGCGGAGUAUCUUCACAGCUAUCCUGACCAUAAACACAGUGACUAUGAGGGACCUCCAGUCAAAGUUCACAUGUGUUGCAAUGAACGACCAGAAAUGGAAUUAUGCAGUGGUUACUCUCAAGCUAAGAGGGUUUAUGGGUCUAUGUGUGGUGCUACUGCUCUUCUUCUUGCUAGCUGCUGUGGCUGUCAAAGUAUUUGACAUCGAUCUGGCGCUCCUCUUCCGUGGAGUUUUCAAAUGCUGUGGUCGAUCUGAGGAUGGGAAGGUCUAUGAUGCUUACGUUGUCUACCAGAUGGAUGGCUUAGAUCAGGAAAGGGAGGAGAAAGUGUAUCACUUUGUGAGCAUUGUUCUGCCCACUGUCCUGGAGCAGAAGUGUGGCUUUAGACUCUUCAUCCACGGCAGAGACGACUUACCUGGGGAAGACAACAUGGAGUUGGUGGAGGACUGCAUGCGACUGAGCAGGAGGCUGAUUGUCAUCCUGACCCCUAGCUCAAGCACACGGUCAGGCUCAGGAGGUCAAGGGUCAUGUGGCCAAUGGGGCUACUCGUCUUCGUUGACCACAGCGGAGGACUAUGACUGUCAGGUGGGGCUCCUCCAGGCUCUGGUCCACAGUGAGAUGAACGUUAUCCUCAUCCAGCUGGGGGACAUGGGGGAGGGUGGCUACACACACCUGCCCCCCGGCCUGCAGCACCUGGUCCGCAAGAGUGCCCCCUUAAUGUGGCAUGAGGGAAGGCGUGGGUCGACGCUGCCCAACUCAAGCUUCUGGAAGAGGUUGCAAGUUCCUGUUUUUCAGAAAAUGCGCUCCUUCACAUUCAGGUUGGUGGAUGGUGGUCUCAUGUUCCUGCUCCUCAGUUUGACUAGGAUUUCUGCCCAGAGAGAAAUGUCCUUAAACCCCACUACAAUAAGUCAUUACACAGAGUCCCCAUGUCAACUAUUUGACAAGUAUGAAACUACUGUGACAGAGGGGGAGGCCCUUAGUUUGCCAGCCUACUAUGACCUGAGUGAGUUGGUUUGGGCCAGCGUGACUGAGUUUACCUGGUACAGAAACAGAACCCAAGAGCUCUCGUCCUCUGAGGAAGAGCGUGUGCAUCAUCAUGGACCGGUGCUCUUCUUCCUCCCCCUUUUAAUCAACGACUCUGAUCAGUACUACACCUACUGGAGAAAGGGAGCAGACACCUGCCUCAUUUUUGUGACAGAGGUGAUUGUGGUCAAAGCCCAACCGUUCGAUCAUUCAGUCCUGUUUAACGAUAUCUCAGAGUCAGCAGAAAACAUCGCUAUCCCAUGUCCUGACCCUGUGGAAAAACUAUGCCAAGAUGGAAAAGAUAACUUAGCCUGGUAUAAGAAUUUCAGUCUCAUUCCAAACGAGUCUGAGAGAAAUCUGUGGGUGUAUGGCGCCUCCAAAGCAGACGAGGGCAUCUAUACGUGUGUGUGCACGUGGGAGCACAAUGGGACGGUUCUCAACACUUCUGCAUCCAGGAGACUAAAGAUCCAAGCUCCCUCUGCCUCGCAUCCUCCUCAGAUCAACCUGCCUAUAAACGGAAGCACAGAGACCACUGACCUGUACACCACUAAGAAGUUGAGGUGUGAAGCGUUUUGUGGGCAGAACAUUGAAGACAACUGUCACGUGUGGUGGGAGAUAAAUGGAGUGAAAGUGCGCUCGCAGCAGCAAGGCUACUCGGUGAACACCACCAGCGAGGUGGAGGUAUCUUCAAUGCGGAGUAUCUUCACAGCUAUCCUGACCAUAAACACAGUGGCUAUGAGGGACCUCCAGUCAAAGUUCACAUGUGUUGCAAUGAACGACCAGAAAUGGAAUUAUGCAGUGGUUACUCUCAAGCUAAGAGGGUUUAUGUUUAUGGGUCUAUGUGUGGUGCUACUGCUCUUCUUCUUGCUAGCUGCUGUGGCUGUCAAAGUAUUUGACAUCGAUCUGGCGCUCCUCUUCCGUGGAGUUUUCAAAUGCUGUGGUCGAUCUGAGGAUGGGAAGGUCUAUGAUGCUUACGUUGUCUACCAGAUGGAUGGCUUAGAUCAGGAAAGGGAGGAGAAAGUGUAUCACUUUGUGAGCAUUGUUCUGCCCACUGUCCUGGAGAAGAAGUGUGGCUUUAGACUCUUCAUCCACGGCAGAGACGACUUACCUGGGGAAGACAACAUGGAGUUGGUGGAGGACUGCAUGCGACUGAGCAGGAGGCUGAUUGUCAUCCUGACCCCCAGCUCAAGCACAUGGUCAGGCUCAGGAGGUCAAGGGUCAUGUGGCCAAUGGGGCUACUCGUCUUCGUUGACCACAGCGGGGGACUAUGACUGUCAGGUGGGGCUCCUCCAGGCUCUGGUCCACAGUGAGAUGAACGUUAUCCUCAUCCAGCUGGGGGACAUGGGGGAGGGUGGCUACACACACCUGCCCCCCGGCCUGCAGCACCUGGUCCGCAAGAGUGCCCCCUUAAUGUGGCAUGAGGGAAGGCGUGGGUCGACGCUGCCCAACUCAAGCUUCUGGAAGAGGGUGCGUUACAUGAUGCCUUGGCCGCGCUCGACUAGUUUUGACAACCAGUUAAUAUGACUGUUCUAUGUGAACAAUCAGGUCUGAGGACUUGAAGUGCGGUUGGAGGUCUGGGUUCUCUGAAAAUCCUUAUUCCAUUCAUAGAAAUAUCAUUAAUUAUUCCAGUGCUGUGCAGAGAUAUACACAGGUUAGCUGAGAACGUCACAAAAACGAUGUGUACAAUGUGGCAGAAGGCCGUGUGUUGUUGUGAUUCUGGAUGGCUAGCAACAAUGACAAGAAACUGCCAUGUGGGGAAUAGUAAGUGGCUAAUUUCAGCUAGUUUUAUCUUGUUCUUGAUUCCAUGUCUUGUUUUUAGGUAUUUUGACUGAUGUAAUUUUUAUGCUAAUAUGGCCAAAUGUGCUUGCUUACUAACCAACAACUGUAACAAUGUAUUUCUGAGAGAACAAGUGUUCAUUGUGUAACUUUUUUAUGUUUUCAAUAAACAUUGGAGACUAAA